CAAACAUUGGUCGUUCCAAAUUGCUCCAUUCUAGUCUUUCAAUUCCUCUGAAAAGAAAAACUCAGAUCUUUAAUUUAGGUUGCUUCAGUUUGGUUCUUCAAUCAAUCCAACUAUUGUAGCCGCUUAGAGAAUGUAUUGAUAUUCAAGUUCCAUAGUGGAUUGCAUUGUCUGCAUUUAAACAACAGAACAAAUAGGAGGUCCUUUAAAUAAGCAUGGAAACAAGUGAACAAAUCCAUAUUGAGAAGGAAGCUUCUCCUGAAGGACUUCCAUCACUCAUCAGAUUCAUAAGUUCUGAAAUGGAUCACGAUUUUGAUAGUAUAGUGAAUGACCAUAUUAAAAAUCAGACUGCAGCACCUGAAUCUCACUCUCCAAGCUCAUCAAUUAUGGUAUCUGAAUUUGCAGCUGAGCGAGAGAUUGACAGAAUUCGUGCAGUCUCCAUUAGCAUGCCGCCCUCUCCGAAAAAAGUUGUCUUCACUGAUAACACUAAAGACACUCCUGAUUCUGCUUUUAGAUCAAAAGAUGCUGGUAGCAAUGGAAAUAGGAAAACAAGGUUUUAUUCUCAGCCUAUGCCAACAGGUACAACUGCAGCCUCUGGAGCUCCUGCAAGCGGCGAACUUCCUAGGAAUCCCAGGAUUAGCAAGCUAAAGGAUAAAAGAUAUGACAGUUUCAAAACAUUUUCUGGUAGGUUUGAGAGACAAUUAUCAAAUUUGCGCGGAAAUAAGAACCAGGAAACAGAACAAGAGUCCAACACUCAACACAGUGCUGAACUGGAAAUUAAUAUUCCUGUCGACCGAUAUUUUGAUGCCUUAGAGGGGCCAGAACUUGACAAACUAAGGGCUUCUGAGGAAAGUGUUCUUCCAGAUGACAAGACAUGGCCAUUUCUACUUCGUUUCCCUAUUUCUUCGUUUGGUAUCAUUCUUGGUGUUAGUAGCCAAGCUAUAAUGUGGAAAGCGUUGGCCACAUCCGCCACGACCAAAUUUCUCCACAUAAGUUUGGACGUAAACCUUGUUCUCUGGUACAUCUCUGUUGCCCUGAUGGCAAUUGUCUCUUUCACUUAUGCCCUGAAAAUCAUUUUCUACUUUGAGGCAGUUCGUCGAGAGUACUACCACCCCAUACGUGUUAACUUCUUCUUUGCUCCAUGGAUAGCGCUUCUAUUCUUAGCACUUGGACUUCCACCUUCAGUUUAUCAAAACCUUCCUGAAGCUUUAUGGUAUGUCCUUAUGACGCCAUUCUUAUGUUUAGAGCUCAAGAUCUACGGCCAAUGGAUGUCCGGAGGUCAAAGAAGGCUCUCAAAGGUGGCCAAUCCAUCAAAUCAUCUCUCCGUUGUGGGGAAUUUUGUUGGUUCCUUGCUUGGUGCAACCAUGGGGCUAAAAGAAGGGGCCAUUUUCUUCUUUGCUGUUGGAUUAGCUCAUUACACUGUUCUGUUUGUAACUCUGUACCAAAGACUUCCAACAAAUGAGACACUGCCAAAGGAUCUUCAUCCUGUGUUCUUUCUAUUUGUUGCUGCCCCAAGUGUUGCUUCUAUGGCAUGGGCAAAUAUUCAAGGGUCCUUUGAUUUUGGAGCUCGGAUUGCAUAUUUCAUUGCCUUAUUCCUUUAUUUCUCACUGGCCGUUCGCAUUAAUUUCUUCCGAGGCUUCAGGUUUUCAUUGGCUUGGUGGGCCUACACUUUUCCGAUGACCGGAGCUGCUAUUGCCACAAUCAGAUAUUCAAAUGUGGUUAACACUGUCGUGACCAAAAUCCUGGUUGUCAUACUUUGCACUCUUUCUACACUCACAGUAACAGCACUGCUUGUGACAACCAUCAUUCAUGCCUUUGUUCUGAGAGACCUCUUUCCAAAUGACGUCUCUAUUGCAAUUAGCGAGAGAAGGCCUAAAACACAUCGAAGAUGGUAUCGUCAUAGACGAGCUGGCAGCACAGAUAUUGAUCAGUUCCUUAAAUAUGCAGAUUCUGCUGAAGCCAAAGAUAUCGAAGCAGCUUUUAGUAGCCUAGAGUUGACCACCUCUGCUCCGAAAGAAGUUAGUCAAGAUUGAUUCGUUCAGUUCGAUGAUCCUGAAUUGUUGCUUGCAUAUAUUUGUAAACCUUUAAUAUUAUAUCAAGUGAGGAGCACCAAAAUUUUGGCAAUCCUGUGAACUUGAUAAAGGAGAAGGCACAAAGGGUCUUGUAAAAAGAAGUGACUGAGGUAAAAGCACUAUGAGAGAUACAAGGAGACGAGUGUUUUUUUUCAAGUUUGGAAAGUGUUCCUUUCUGUAUAUAGUGUGGGAGAUGUGUAUUUCUUUAAAUAAAAGGGUCCUUUGUAUCUUUUCA